GUGUCCCUGUGUACAACCGUAGUCAUUGGGUUUUCCCUUCUUCCCCUCGUGCACGCUUCACGGCAUUUCACCCAGCUAUUGGAAAGAGAGCGCGUUUUUAUUUUUGUCACUGCCAAACGAGUCACCGAAGUGACUACAACGCGCGCGAAAAGCAGAAAGAGUUUAAAAGGAACGGCGGGAGAGCUAUUUUUUUUAUUCAGCGAAAGCGUUUGCGUUGGGGUGAGUAUGCUGCACUUUGAGGGCAGCAGCCUGCUGCGGCACCACGUCGUGUGCAGCAUUCUCUCCAAGCGACCUGUUCGCCUCACCCGCAUCCACCAAGAUGAGGAUCCCAUGGGCAUCCAGCCGCACGAGGCGAACUUCCUCAAGUUCAUCGACCGCGUCACUAGCGGGUCGUCUUUUCAGUGCACCGAUCACAACACCGUUCUUCAGUUCACGCCGGGCAUGAUCCUCGGUGGCUCCUUCUCACACGAGGUGCCGUCGCAGCGCUGCGUGACGUACAUCGUCGAGGCCGCGCUGCUGCUGCUACCCUUUGCGAAGUUCGACUCCCGCAUCACCUUCGUUGGCGCCACGCAGGGCGAGCUAGACCUGUCUGUCGACACCAUCCGCACUGUCACACUGCGCUGGCUGCAGCUGUUUGGGGUGCAGGGCAACUUGCGAAUUAUCCGUCGCGGCGCCGCCCCCGGUGGCGGUGGGGCAGUGGAGCUGGAUAUUAAAGCCAUUAGGCGCCUCACCAGCGCGACGGCGAAAGAGCGGGGUCGUGUGCGACGGGUGCGUGGCAUUGCCUUUGCCUCCCGCACCGCGGCCGAUUUGCCGCAACGCACGGCCACGGCGGCGAAGGGGGAGCUGCUCAACCUACUACCGGAUGUGUACGUGGUGACGGAUGUCGAUAACGGAAGAGCAAACCGCAACGAGCGCGUAAGCGGGUACGGGGUGGUGCUGGUAGCGGAGACAACAAGUGAGUUGUGUGUCGUCUCGCAGGAGGCCGUAGCGAUGCCGCAGGAGGCGCCGGAAGACGUCGGGAAGCGGGCGGCGCGGCUGCUCUUCGAUCAAAUCUACGAAGGCUGCUGCGUGGAUGUGCAUCAUCAGAUGCUCGUGCUGCUGCUCAUGGCGCUGAGCCCAGAUGAGGUGUCCACAGUGCGCUUCGGUCAGCUGAGUCCGAGCGGGGUGUCUGCGUUGAUGUUGAUGGAUUCUUAUUUUGGCGUGUCGUGUGCCAUUAAACCGGAUCCGUCGUUUGCGGGCCCCAACUUUCCUCCCACCACGUUGGUCACUUGCCUCGGUAGUAACGCAGUCAACGUGUGGAAAAAGUCAAGCUGA